CUAAGAGCUCGAUCAAAAUUCUUAACUUCCUAAGCUAAUGAUGCUUAAUUUACCUUCACCUUGACGUGGUGCCUCACACGACUUAUUAAAAUAUAAAAAGGUGUUUUGCUUUUUGCUUGAAAGGAGAAAACCUGAGAGAAAUGACGCAACUCAGGAGUUGCCUGCUUAUCUAGUUGUACAACAUGUUUCUCAUGGCUUUUAAGAGACCUGAUGGCUUUUAAGGGAAGAUCCUCUGCAGCGGUCUGUUAAAUGAAGUUUUACAAAAAGGAUAAAAGUUUCACGAAUCCCAAACAUGGUUUUAAAUAUCCCACUAUUAAAGCAGAAUAAACCAGUCCAGGUUUGAAGAGACCAGGUGUUGUAGUUUUUAAACUAGAGUCAAUUGAAGAGGAGAUUCUUAGUAGUGAUAAACUAUUGCUUAAUUGAAUAGUUAAUGAAGGAAGAGGAGCUGGAUUAGAGUUACUCAGCAGUUUUGAUGCAUGCUAUUCAUAACUAUGUAAUUACAGUCUAAACUAGGAAUGCUGAUCUAAAGGACAAGCUUUGUUUCUAAGUUUUGAUUGAUAAAUGAUGCUCUGGGUUUUGACACUGUAAUAAAAACAAGAGAAUGUGUAAAAGUGUUUUCUUUGUUUUAACCAUCUCUUCUUUUCUGUCUGCAGGAAUGCUUCUCCGCCUUUUAACACCCUCCCUUCCCCUAAUAGGUCGCACUCCCACAAUUUUCCUGAACUCUUUUAUUACUGACUUUUCCUCAUCAUCAUUGCGGGGGAACUAAAAUUAGCAGCAGUCAUGGUAGAUGUCAGUAAAUGGCCCCUGUUCUCGCUGCUGAGCAGUGAGGAGCGAGCCACAGUCCGUCAGGCCUGUAUCUUUGGGACAUCGGCAAACGAAGCUAUCUAUGUCACUCAAGAAAAUGACGUGUAUGCAUUUGGUCUAAACUGCAGUGGCUGCCUUGGGACAGGUGACAGUGUGAGCACCAUUGUGCCAAAGAAACUGGACUUCCUGCAGGGGAAGAAGAUUGUCAGCCUCAGCUAUGGCAGUGGACCUCAUGUCCUGUUGGCUACAGAAGAUGGACAGGUGUUUGCCUGGGGUCAUAACGGUUACAGUCAGCUAGGGAACGGCACGACCAACCCGGGAUUUUCAGCCGUGGCGAUCACAGCGAACCUACAGAACAAGAAAGUGAUGGAGGUGGCAUGCGGCUCACAUCAUUCUCUGGCUCUCACUCACGACGGAGAGGUGUUUGCAUGGGGUUAUAACAACUGUGGCCAGGUGGGUUCAGGCUCCACAGCCAACCAGCCGUACCCAAGGAAAGUCUGCAGCAGCCUGCAGGGCAAGACUGCAGUGAGCAUCACAUGUGGACAAGCGUCCUCCAUGGCUCUGAUUGACAACGGAGAGAUUUACGGUUGGGGCUACAAUGGAAACGGGCAGCUGGGAACUGGGAACAAUGGCAAUCAGCUUUCUCCUUGUUGCCUUACUACGCUUCAAGGGUUGUGCAUUCAACAAAUUGUUUCAGGAUAUGGACACUGCUUGGCCCUAACAGACGAAGGACUACUUUAUGCCUGGGGAGCAAAUACUUAUGGUCAACUAGGAACUGGCAAUAAGAACAACCAUCUCACUCCUGUGCAAAUCAUGGCUGACAAAGAGAGGGUUGUAGAGAUUGCAGCAUGCCACUCGACACACACUUCAGCAGCCAAGACUUCAAGCGGCAAGGUGUACAUGUGGGGUCAGUGUCGAGGCCAGCUGAUCUCUCGUCCUCGCCUCUCCCACCUCAGCAGCACGGAUGAUGUGUUCGCCUGCUUCGCUACGCCCCCUGUGACGUGGCGCCUCGUGUCUAUGGAGUACGAUGACUUCAUGACGAUUUCUGAGGCUCUCAGGGAAGAGUUUGACUGUCCAGACACUGCCGACCUCAAGUUCAGCAUUGAUGGAAAAUGCAUUUAUGUUCACAAAGCUGUCCUGAAGAUCAGGUGUGAGCAUUUCCGCUUAAUGUUUCGCUCCCAGUGGACAGAAGAUCAGCAGGAUGUGAUCGAGAUCAGCCAGUUCUCAUAUCCCGUCUACAGAUCUUUCCUCCAGUUUCUCUACACAGACACUGUUGAUCUGCCACCCGAGGACGCCAUUGGCUUAUUGGAUCUGGCUACGUCUUACUGUGAAAACCACCUGAAACGUCUGUGUCAGCAGAUAAUCAAGAGGGGAAUUACUGUAGAAAAUGCCUUCACCCUGCUGUCUGCAGCCAUUCGAUAUGAUGCAGAGGAUCUUGAAGAAUUUUGCUUUAAGUUUUGUGUCAACCACAUGACUCGGGUGACUCAGACCACAGCUUUCUGGGAAGUAGACGGAGCCAUGCUCAAAGAGUUUAUCAGCCGAGCAAGCCGCUCUGGAGCCUUCAAAAACUGAGCAUUGCUUUCUCACAUUUUAAAACACCAGUGUGCUGCAGGAUCAGCACGCCAUACUGAACUGAUGGUAGUCGUCUACGGAUUUUAAAUCAGCACUUUGGCCAAUUCCUGUGAAGUCAUUCUGAAUGUUCAUAAAUAUGAAUAUUUUCAUGCUGCAAGUGUUCUCUUCCGCCAUUUUCUUAGCCAGUUCUUACAUUCCACUUUAUUUAACUGCACAAUGCAUGUGAGAAACUGAAAGGCAGGAACAACAGUAAGUACUGUUCUGCAGCUCAUCUUUGUGCUGCAUUCGAAGCGCCAGGUUAAGCCACAUUUGAAGUUUUAAAUGAUGACAUUUAGAUUAGUGCAGAUUAUUUGGUUGAUUGUUACUGUUCAAAACGACUGUAUUUUGGACUUUGCUCUGUAGCACCUAAUCUUGCCUGCAUUAUUAAGUCAAACUUGCUUUUAAAAGAGAUUUGAGCGUUUACUUUUAAAUACUUUGCACUAGAAUCUUUACUAAUGUGUGCUGUUACAAUGUUCUAAGAUCCCUUGUUUCUCUGCUAAUGUAUAUGUUUUGAAAUUGAUAUAAAGCAAUAUUUGACAUAACUUAAUACUUAUAUUUAUUAAUGUAUUCAUACAGUUACCAAAGAUAAAAUAAGAAUCCUGCUGCCUGGGUGUCCUUGACAAAAAAAUAAAUGUUAUCGACCAAAUUAAUCUGAAGGAGGACUAAGGAAGAGCUGUUUUUCCUUUUCUCAAUGGUCUCUUUAUUUGGAAUGAAUUUGAUUUUGGAGCUUAAUUUAUGUAUUCUGUUUAGGGACUGUUUCAGAUAAGUAAAGCAGGUCAAUGGGCAGUUAAAAUGAUGAGGUUGAGGUUUACAGUUUUUAUUUUGUCUUGUACAAAUAUGGAGAUUGAAACCGAAAAUGUGAUGGUUUUCCUUAACAUAUAUUUUUAUUGUUUUUUUUUUGUUUUUUUUUUUUUUCAAAAGCUCAUAUUUGCAAACUUAAAACACACGACUCUAAAAUUCCUGUUAAAUACUUGCAAUGAUUUUUUAUUUUUUAUAUCUAGUUUUAAGAUGCUCUUUGUCUGAAUAAAUAGACAUUGAAAUAAGCAAGUCUUUGACUUUCACACUUUUUGUGACAUGGGUAAAAAUAGAUGGUUAAGCUAAAAUUCCAGAAUUAUAUUUUAUUUAUUUCUCCACCUCAAUAAUAAACUGAGCAUGUCAUAUUAAGUAAACAUGUAAAUUGUUACAUUUCAGAAGGGAUGUGUAAAUAAUUGUAAAUCAUUUGCAUCAACAACCAUUGUAAGAGGGGACAAUUUUGUGUCAUUCUGCAACUGAAAAUCCGGGGCCACAAAAAAUGUCCAGGGGCUGAAAAUGGCCCACAGGCCACACUUUAGACACUUGUGCAAAGGGAGGUACACUGUCACAAUUGUAAGUCCCUUUCUUAAGUACCAGCUUCUUAUA